AAAGCGCCGAGCUCCUCACUCCCCUCCGCAGCCUGAAAAUGCUGGACACCAUCAGCAGCCAGUACGACUCCUUCAUCUACUGGAGGAUGCCGAUCCCACGGCUGGACAUGGCCGAGCUGGAGGGGCUGGGGCUCGCAGACAUGGCCCUCUACAAGCCCAAGGCAGGGCUGGGCAAGCUCGGGGACCGGGACAGCCAGGACCUCUCCCAGGAUGAGGACAGCCUGCUGCAGUUCAACAGCUUUAACUUCUGGCGAGCUCCCAUUGCCAGCAUCAGCUCCUUCGAUUUCGAUUUAAUUUGA